UAGCUGGCAGCGCCGUCGAAAGUGCUGCCAUCAGUUGGGCAAAAUAAAGCUCAAAGGACACAAAGGAGCAGCAUAAAAUGAGAAAACAUGUGUUCGCUUUCUCGCAAAAUCGAUGAAUGAAUGCCAAAAGCAAAGUUUUUGAUGCGUUUCCCCAUUUCCACUGUCACUUGGCGAUUACGCGAACAACACAGAAAAGCUGCGGCAACGUCACGUCAUUAAGUGGUGCCGCUGCUCAUAAAAAGUAGAAAAAAUACUGACUGCAGCGACGUUACGAGUAUCCAAAGUUCCGCAUGACCUUAUGAAAGUGUUCGAGACAAGAGUGAAUUAAAAAUCUAACAGAAACUCUGGAGAAUUCGAAUUCCGGUCAACUAGUUACCACACACAAAGCUGUAAAUCAUACCAAACGUUGCUGGGGUGGCGGUUGAACAAUUUGCAAAAGCAGCAAUUACCGCAUUUUGUAAAGCUCUGAAAAUGGGGAUUACAGAACCACAGAGUACAGGAGCGGUAAAUAAUCCGACUGUGGCGUCUACUGUUGAGAGCAAACAGUUUUUAACUUUGGACAAAUUUCGGGAAAUAUUUAAACAUGUUGAACCAAAUGUUCAAAUCAAUUCAUUUGAGUUAGCUCCGGGUUCCGGCCGUGGUGACAAUUAUACGGCAUCGUUAUAUCGCAUACACUUGACCGGCCAACAACAAAAUUUAGAGGAUGCUAACGAGAGUAAAUGGGAACUGAAUGUUAUUUGCAAGGUGUUGCCUGAGAGUGUGGUGCGACGUGAGGCGUACAAGAGCGACAAUCUAUUUCGCAACGAGGUGGAGUUUUACACAACUAUAAUACCAGAGCUACUCAAAUUUCAGGCCAGCAAAACGGGCGUAGAAGCGCCCCUUUUUAACUCCAUACCCAAAUGUUAUUCCGCAAGAAAUGAUUUACUUAUUAUGGAGGACCUGCGCAUACGGGGCUUUGAGAUGCCGGAUCGCAUCAAGGGACUGAGUAUUGAGGAAACAGAAGCUGUCCUGCUACAGGUAGCACAAUUUCACGCGCUCAGCUUGGGCUAUAAGUUCGAACAUCCCGAGAAAUUCGCCAAAAUGUGCAGCAUGGUUAGCGAGGGUCUAUUCUGUGCCUCCAAUGCCAGCUGGUAUAAGAAUUAUUAUGAACGUCUGUCAAAAAAUGCCAUUAAAAUGGUAUCCGAUGUGCUACCCGCAGACUCAAAAUAUUUGCAUGCCUUGCGAGACUUUGCCGAAAGCUCCUCGUUUUUUGGCCAGAUGGUGCAUCUGGUUAGUGCCGAAUCACCAUUAUCGGCCAUUUGUCAUGGCGAUUGCUGGGCCAAUAAUUUCCUGUAUCGCUAUGAAGGGGAUCACGAGCGUGUUCUGGAGGUGGCACUGGUGGACUUUCAAUUAAUACGCUACAGUUCCAUAGCACUGGAUAUUGCCAAUUUGUUAUACUGCUGUACUACGAAAAAGAUGCGCGACGCCCACUUGCAGGCGUUGCUGAAAGUUUACACUGUAGAGCUCUACAGAUGGCUGGAGAUUUUAUGCACCACCUUGCCUGAUCAUUGCAACACCCUGGACAAAUUUCAAGCACUCUUUGCUUGCGAAUUGAAGACUUUUGGUCGCUUUGCGCUGGGCCUGGCUUUGGAUAUAAUACCCAUUAGCACUUGUUCCUCGGAGGAUGCACCCGAUUUGUAUUUAAAUCGCAAUGAUGAACUAGCAGAGGACGGCGCGCCCGAAUUAAACUUUCCGCCCAAUGAUUUGUGUCGCCAGAAAAUGUCAGAGAUUGUCAUAGAUAUGGUCGAUGGUGAAAUGCUUUAGGGUCGGCCAGCGAUAUAACAGAUAAAAGGCCCGUUACAAUUGCUCUAUGGAGUAUUUAGCCAAACCUCCAUACGUUCUAAGUUUACUUAAUACCUACCCAGUAAAUAUGUUAAAAGCUG